AUGAGUUUUGGUGGAAAAAUUCGUGAUAUUUUUUCGAAAAAAAAUCCAUCAAAUUCGUCACCACAAAAUAUCGCAAUUUCAACACCUAUAAGUGUUACUAAAAAUUUUCAUGUUUCAUAUGAUCCAGAAAAAAAAGUAUUUCAUGGUUUACCAUUAGAAUGGGAGCAACAAGUGAAAAGUUUAUUUCCGUAUUCAAAACCUGAAGAGAAAGCUCAUGUAAUGACAUGUGCACUUAAAGUUAUUCAACAAACGCUUCGAGAGAAUCAGUGUCAGACAAAACAUUUACAUAUUCAAGAUUCAUGUCAUUCAGAUGGAUUAUCAUAUGAAUCAGGAGAUGAAUUAAGUGAAACAGAAAGUGAUCUUGGAUACUCACAAGAAACGCCUGAUCGAAGUAAUUCAUCUUCAUCAUCAUCCAAGAAAGAUCAAUUUGAAACUAAUCGUCCAGGUUCAAAGAAAAACAAUCCUGGUUUCGCGCCACUAUAUGUCAAUGCUGAUUCAAGUGCUAAUUUUGUUCAAGAACUCAAGCGUGCUACAAUUCUUCGUAAAAAAGGUCUAAAUGUAGGUGCUACUGCUAGAUAG